AUCGAGCUUGCUUUUCUUACACAAAUGGAGUCAACAAAGUUGUUCUUCCCCCUCUUGUUCAUCUCCCUCAUGGCAGGACAAGGACUAGGCGGUCAUUAUUCUAUCCACAAGCAUUUUGAGGCUACCAAUAAGUUGUUUGUGUUUGGGGAUUCCUACGUUGACACCAGCAAUGAAAUAUCCAACGAUAGUUUCAUUAAGUAUCCAUAUGGAAUUAUCUUUCUCGGCAAACCUGAUGGACGUAACUCUGAUGGUUAUGUUCUCACAGAUUACUUUGCGAGUUUUCUAAACCUGGAGUCUUCGAUCCCAUACAUGCAAUUGUAUGAUGUAGUAAAUCCAGAAUUAUUAGAUGGUGUCAACUUUGCUUUUGGUGGAACUGGUGUGUUUGAUACACAAAUACACAAAUUUCUGCGCCAAACUUGACCAAGCAAAUCGACUUCUUACAAGAGAUGAUUGAUAACUCUACGUUCACUCCACAAGACAUUAACUCAUCUUUAGCCCUUGUCUCCGUAUCUGGCAUUGACUAUUUAACUUACCUAAUACAAAAUCUUAGUAAUAUCACUGAAUUAAUUCAGGGUUUGAAACCUUAAUUUCAUAAGCUCAGUGGUGGCCACUGCCGCAGAAGACUUGAAACGCAUCCAUAGCUUGGGAGUGAAGAAAGUAGUGGAGACAAUAUAUAAUACAUCUUUGACUAUACACACAUACAGCGAGUUUUUUAGGCCUUGAGUCUCCAAUACCAUACAUGCAAUUGUAUGACGUAGUAAAUCUAGAGUUGCUAGAUGGUGUCAACUUUGCUUGUAGUGGAAUCGGUGUGUUUGAUGCACAAAUUUUUGCGCCAAACUUGACCAAGCAAAUCGACUUAUUACAAGAGCUUAUUGAUAA